AUAUUUCAGAGUAACAAGGAAGUUGUUCCAUUUUUCCCUCUUUGCCUUUCCCCUUUGUUCUUUCUUCUAUCUUGGGUUUGAGAAGAGGAGAAGGAAAACUUGUGUCUUUUAAAUAUAUGCAAAAGAAAUACAUUUAUAUGGAGAUGUAUGGGCAGAAGAAAGCUUAAAUGUAGGCCUAAUAUUUGCUGAGGAGAAGAAUUGUUUCUUCGCAGGGGGGUUCAACCACCACCUACCUUUUUUUCCUUAGCCAACAAACGAUGUUAAAUGAAACAUUGAAUUCAUUUCUCCAAUAUCUCUUGUUUUCUCCCUUGUCCAUCCCCCUCUAGCACUCUGUAUUUAGUUUCAAGAGAAAUUUCCUCACACUCCUCCAUAAUUUCUCUUAGGUAGACCUAGCCUGUUGUCCUCCACCGAUUUGCAGAAAAAACUAAAUGAGCAAAACCCUCACAAUUUAUUCUUCUUCUUACCUUUUAUGAUAGAGUUGGAUAUUUCUCUACAAACACAGGACUCAGUUUUAUCUUUCACGUUCAGUCCACAUCUCUCUUUCUUUCUGGGGCCAGGAUAUCAGUUAUUUUAGCACCUUGGUGAAUGUUUUCGAGAGUUUCUCAAAUGGCUGUAAUGUGCAAAACCAGAUCGGUUUUAGCAUUAACAGGCAGAAUUUUAAACGAGGCCGUUAGCUUCAUUGUCUUUUGUUUUCUCGACCUUCUCGAUUUCCUUCUAUGUUUCGUUUACAGAAUCGUUGAUUUCUUUAUUGAAGCCGAAUGGAAGCCUUGUUACUGUUCCUCCUCCAAAGAGGUCAUUACAAGUGGUGGCAAGAUCCUUGUCUCCGAGCAAGGUGAGUCCAAGGUAGUUUGUCUCAGUUCCAGCAAAUUACAACUAGAGGACAUUUCAGACACCCUCUACACGCGCCAUUCUCCUGUCUCUGUACUCUCCAAGUUAACCAUAGCCGAGCUAAAGAAGCUCAAAGUAGAUACUAACAUUGUCCAAUCUUGCGAGAAGAUUAAGAAAGGCAGGACUGUUAGAUCCACAUUCUCUGUCAAUUCCACCAUUGUUGAAAUGCUUCAAGGAAAGAUGGUUGGGCAGCAAUUGCAUCCGAUCCCAAGAUGGUCCGAUUGUGAUUGUCAGUUUUGCACUUCUUGGACCUCCUCUAACAAAGAAACCCUUUUUGUUAGAGCUGAGGGACCAAAAGACAACCCACGGGAAGAUGUGCUAUUCAUUCAUGGGUUCAUUUCAUCGUCGGCAUUUUGGACGGAAACUUUGUUUCCAAACUUCUCAACUUCUGCUAAAUCAACAUAUCGAUUUCUCGCCGUAGAUCUGCUGGGAUUUGGGAGAAGUCCUAAGCCAGUGGACUCCCUUUACACACUGCGAGAGCAUGUGGAGAUGAUUGAAAAAUCCGUCCUUGAACAAUAUAAAGUUAAAUCCUUUCAUAUUGUGGCUCAUUCAUUAGGAUGCAUUUUGGCCCUCGCUCUCGCUGUGAAAUACCCCGGAUCCGUCAAGUCCCUUACACUUCUUGCCCCUCCAUAUUACCCUGUGCCCAAGGGCGAACAAGGCACGCAAUAUGUGAUGAGGAAGAUUGCACCGCGGCGCGUGUGGCCACCCAUGGCAUUGUGCGCGUCAAUCGGGUGCUGGUAUGAGCACAUCACUCGGACGGUUUGCCUGUUGAUCUGCAAGAACCACCGGCUGUGGGAAUUUCUCACCAAACUGGUCACCAGAAACAGGAUCAGGACAUUCUUGCUUGAAGGCUUUUUCUGCCACACUCACAAUGCGGCAUGGCAUACACUCCACAACAUCAUCUGCGGCACCGCCAGCAAGCUAGACGGCUACCUCGAUGUGGUCUGCGACUGCCUGAAAUGCGAUGUCACCAUAUUCCAUGGGAAAGAUGAUGAAUUGAUUCCGGUUGAAUGUAGCCACAAUGUCCAAGCUAGGAUCCCCCGUGCUCGUGUAAAGAUCAUUGAGAACAAAGAUCAUAUCACCAUUGUUGUUGGAAGACAGAAAGCUUUUGCUAGGGAACUUGAGGAGAUAUGGAAGACAUCAUCAAGUGGUUUAUAAAUCCUCUUCUAUUCAAACAGAUCCAUAAAAUUAAUCAUGCCCAAUCGAGUGGAUUAAGAUUUUGCAUGAGAUUGGUGCUUCAGCUAGCUUUCCUACUACUUCUUUCAAGUUUCAAGAGUGAAAUUGUGGAGAUUGGCACCCACCAUAAUGGGGGUUGUGUAUUGCGUAAUUACAAUAUGUGUGACAGUGAAUGCCAUAAAAAAAAAAAAA